UACGGGGAAUAAUCUCAAGUUUCGGCAGUUUCGGCGUCUUAUUCCACGCGGUAGGUCGUGGUCGUGUCAUUAUACCGCGAAAAUAACCGCAUUUUUCCGGAAUCUCGUUCCAAAUAUCGCCGAACGGAUUCGCGGGGCUUCCCCUCCUCCCCCCUCUAAGGGGUUCGCCUUCGAAAAGUAACGUCACGAGUUUGAAAAUUAGUGCAAAUUCUUGAAUCCGAGGAAGAAGGUGAAGGCGGAAGAGGGAAAGAGCGAAAAUGUCGAACGAAGUGACGCAGAGCGAACGCAGGACGGAGACGAUGUCGGAGACGUCGGAGGGCACCGCGACGACGGGCGUCUCCGGGAGGUCCGGCUUCGACAGCCGCGACGAGUUGCGCGACAUCGCGGCCCUCCUCGGCAUCGGCGACCCCGAGGACCUUCGCCAGGACCGAUUCCGAGUGGAACGCCGGAAGCUGGAGAACAUGCUUCAAGGCGACAACGAAGGACUAAAGCAGGCGGACACGUUUUUCCAGAAGGUUAUGGAGGAGACGAAUACGUUCAUCACGUGGCCGUCGCGACUGAAGAUCGGGGCGAAGUCGAAGAAAGAUCCACAUAUUAAGGUCGCGGGUCGACCCGACGACGUGCGGGCAGCCAAGGAUAAGAUUAUGCAGAUUUUGGACACGCGGGAAAGUAACAGGGUAACGAUGAAGCUGGACGUGAGCUACACCGACCAUUCGCACAUCAUCGGCAAAGGCGGCCUGACGAUUAAGCGAGUAAUGGAGGAGACUGGCUGCCACAUCCAUUUCCCCGACAGUAACCGCAGCAACCACCACGAAAAAAGCAAUCAAGUCUCCAUCGCGGGAGAAAUGGAAGGCGUCGAGCGAGCUCGCGUCCGAGUCAGGAACUUGACUCCCCUGAUCUUCUCGUUCGAGCUGCCCGUCAUGGGAGCCAGUCAGACGGUGCCGGAUGCCACUUCUCCGUAUGUCAUCAAGAUCCAGGAAAAGUACAACGUCCAGGUCAUGUUCAGAACGCGGCCGAAGCUGCACGCCACCCUGGUCGUGGUAAAGGGGUGCGAAUGGGAGGUCUCCUUGGUCAAGGAGGCGACUCUUUUGCUGAUCCACUACAUGUGCGACAACCUAGCUAGUCAGAUCCAGGUGCAGAUGUCGAUGGAGAUCUCGCCUCAGCAUCACAGCAUCGUCCUUAGCAAGCAGAGCAGCAACCUGAAGAUGAUCAUGCAGCACACCGGGACGCAGAUCAUGUUCCCCGAUGCCGGAGACCCGAAUAUACCGAACCUGAAGAAGAGCAACGUGACCAUAACAGGGUCUAUUCACAACGUGUACCUGGCGCGGCAACAAUUGGUCGGCUCCUUGCCUCUGGUCCUGAUGUUCAACCUCCCGGAGGACUCGAUGUCCUCGGUGGACACGGAGAACAUCUCGCAGCUGAUGCAGUCGCUCGACGUCUUCAUCAACGUCAGGCACAGGCCGAAGCAGAGCACCCUCUCGGUCAUCAUCAAGGGCAUCGAGAGAAACGCCAGCAACAUCUACGAGGCCAGGAAGCAGCUUUUGGGCCACGACGAGCCCAGGGUCCACGCGGAGAUCCCCGCCACCUAUCACAUCCCCAACGCCGGGAGCAUCUUUCAAGGCAACUCCGUCAACGGCGCCGGUACUCUCAACAUGGGCAGCUUGACGGACAAUCUAUCCACCAUGCUGACGGUCAACACCCAAAAUCCACCGUAUUGCUUCUCGUUGAUGUCGCACUCCCCCAACCCCAUGGGGUUGUCUCCACCGUGGGGUUAUUCGCCGAUCCCCCCGAUGUUCUCUUCGGUUCCUAUCCACCAUCACGCCCCGUACGCGUAUCCGCAUCUUAACCACUUGCUGACGACGCAGCAGAUGAUGCAGAACAAUAUGAUGACGCAACCCCAUGGGCUGUUGCAUCAGGGUCUCUCGGUGAACCAGGCACCCCUCAGCAUGUCCAGCGGUUAUCAGAGCACCCAUAGCUUGAACACGAGCUCCUCUCUUGGCGAUAACAAGGACGGAAGUGCUUACUCCUCGUUGAGCAGCGUGUCCAGUUCACUUACCAGUCCCGCGAUCAGCCCUCGGAAUGCUUCUCCGGACAAUCCCUCGGAGGGUAAUCUUAAUCUGGAUUUGUCGAGUAUACUGACGGACCUCUCCGUGUUGGAUCGCCGGGCUCCGGGCUGCGAGAAGAAGAGCCUGGAAAUGGCCGCGAGGAACAACUUCACGCCCUUCGACUACGAGGAGAAGAAGCUGCGCGCCAUCAAGGCGAUGCAGAGCAAACCGACCUCUUCCGAAUACAGGGUCCCCACUUCCGUGUGGUCGGGUUAUGGCCUCAGCCAAACGGCACCUCUUAUUAUCGGGAGCGACUUGACCAAGGAAUCGAGCUCGCAUCCUUCGGACCUCUGGGAGGAGCCAAAGACCCCGGUGAUCGACACUACAAUGGAUUUUGGAAUCGGCUCCACCAACGAUCGCCAGAUCGGAAUGGCCUCGAAUUAUAUGGAACACACUCCCACGCACCAGUUGGAGAAGAUCACCUCGCAGCGUCACACCGACCUGGCGACCACGUUGACCAGUAUUGGAAUGGAGAAAUACAUUCACCUCUUCGCGUCUCAUGAAGUGGACAUGGCUACGUUCCCCUCGUUGACCGGGAAGGACCUCCUCGAGAUCGGCAUCACGGCUUGGGGUGCCAGGCGUAAAAUCAUGCUCCUAAUUUCCGAAAUGAACAAACGGUCGCCCCGCAGGGGUCAGUUCGCCGGCAGUGCGGCCCCGGGCGCGGAACGCAAGAGCUUCGCAUCCUCGAGCACGACCUCCGGCGCGAGCUGCGGAUUGGAGACCUGGUAAACUCGCCUUAAAAUGUAAAAGAAGAAGGAAGAAGGUGCGAAAGAAAAGCUGCAUGUUACUUUGGUAUUUUAGGAGCCAGCCUCGAAGGUGGCCCGAUUGUUUUUCUAGCCGCAACGUUCGAAAUUGGAUAGAACUUUUUUUUUCUCCCCGUAUUUUUUUUUCUUUUUUUUUUUUAAAUCGCAGCGCGUUAGGUUUAAGGAAGCGAUCGAGUGACCGCUUUCGUUGGAUUUCACUUCCCGUUUUCUCUGGCUGGUCGCGUCGGGCAGAAAAAGUCGAGCGAACUCGGGACUCGGCGAGACCGGUUCGAUCGGGCAGAAAGGCCGGAGCUCCCUGCGAGCCCGUCUCCCGCCCGCCCCGUCACCCGGGCGGGAAAAAGCCUCGGACGAAAAUUGCCCAGCGAAUCGUCCCGGGGAACUUUUGUAGAAGAGGUUUCCUCGUAUCUCGCACCGAUGAACGAGAAAUCGGGAUACGGCGAGCGGGGGCGGUCGGGCAGAAAAACCCGGCGCGGUCCGCGAGCUCGUUUCCCGUCCGUUCCGUCGCCCGGGUGGGAAAAAGCCUCGGACGAAAAUUGCCCAGCGAAUCGUCCCGGGGAACUUUUGUAGAAGAGGUUUCCUCGUAUCUCGCACCGCUGGGCGAGAAAUUGGGAUUUGCCACGGAGGCGCGACCAGCCGAUCCUCGUGUGCAUGUGGCGUGUCUUGUGCGUCUGUGAUGAGUGGCGAAUCUUGUGGACUCGGUGAUACGUAGUCUAUGUAACGGAAGCUACGCGGACGGUCGUUCCGAGGUACCCUUGACCGAAGGGAGCGUUUGGCCGAGGGUAACGAGUUUUCGACGAGGUGAGCGUUGGUCCCGUUGGCGGAUGCAUUCAGCGGCUCCUCGGAUUAGCCGAGCUAUGCAAUAGCGGUGUAUUUAGCUUAGACUAAGCUCGAAGCCCGUGCCGAGCGCUCACCGGCGCGCUCCUUCGAUUUUUAUGUGAUAUAACUAGUUAACUAUUUAUUAUUCCACUCAAGGGAGACGCUGGAUGCACGCCGACCUAAGGACGAGGAGCCUCCACCUGCGGAUGCGAUUUCGAGCGAUCGGCGGGCACUUUGAUUUCCCGCGAGGGUUCGGCUUUAUUGAUUAAGCGCGUACAAUGGACCGUUUUGAUUUCUCGCGAGCAAUCGUUUUUAUUUCCCGCGAACGGCGGCCAUUUUCCCUUCAGGUUCUCCAUUCGUCCCGGAGAAGAUGAAUUACGUUAAAAAAUAUCCGAUCCGCGGUGCGGACUUUAAAAGUAAUACAAAAAAGGAUGUCUAGACGAUUUCAUCGAUCUUCUCUUGGCGCGCAGGAUUGGAAAAUUCGUCAGAAAAUCACGGAAAAUCGGGAAAAUGGCCGAUCGGAACGAAUAAGCGCGCAAUGGUCCCGCUCGCGAUCGAACUUAUCACGUGACGUCGAUCGUU